AUGUCCUGCUAUGAUGUGUGUCCUCCUGCCCCCUGCGGCCCGACGCCGCUGGCCAACAGCUGCAACGAGCCCUGCGUGCGGCAGUGCCAGGACUCGACCUACGUCAUCCAGCCCUCUCCGGUGGCGGUGACCCUGCCCGGCCCCAUCCUCAGCUCCUUCCCGCAGAACACGGCCGUGGGAUCCUCCACCUCUGCGGCCGUUGGGAGCAUCCUCAGCGCCGAGGGAGUUCCCAUCAACUCCGGUAGCUCCUUGGGAUUGGGGAGCUUGGGCUAUUCGGGCUUAGGCAGUGGGUUCAGUCAGCCCAUCCGUCGCUACAACGCCUACCGCAGUGGCUUCUAUGGGCCAUACUGA